AUGCUGUCUUUUUUACGUGGCUCCCGAAGCACCGACAAGGCUGACGUUAUCGCUGGGACAGCAGAUAAUGGGGAAUUGGGUUUGGCGUGGAUCCGCAGAACCCUCGGAGCUGAGGAGAAGCUCCAAAAAGCGAACGCGAUUGUCACCACCGCCAAUGCUCAAACCUGUCCUGCAGUCUUCGGCAACAAUUUUUAUCCUCCUGUUUACGAGCCGGCGGGGGAGGAGGCCCUCCGGUCGCGCCUAGAAAAAGAGGCACGAGAUGCAGUUGACCGGGCUACACAGAUCUUUGACGACACGGACGGAUGGUCGACAUAUGGCUGCACGGACGGCGUGCAGAUAUAUCAAAAGAAGCAAGACAAAAACCUGCCAGUUGUUCUUAAAGGAGAGUACACCUUUGUGACGGCGGAAGAGGCGGCGACUAUGACAGACCCCAUCACGAUCGACGAUAUCUUCCAGUUCUUGAGAAAUACGGAAAACCGUGGCGUUUACGACACCAUGUUUCGAGAUGGUGCCAUCCUUCGCCGACACAACGCGAGUGUUUUAUCAUAUCAAGUCUUCAAUGGAAUGAUGGGACUACCGGGAAGAGAAUUCAUCAUUAAUGGUUUCGAUCGCCACUUCGAAAGCGGCGACCGCAUCAUCAUUGCAGGUGCUACUCCUUCGGAGGAAGCUCUCGACCCAGACACCAUGUCUAAGAUGGGGAUCCCGAGAAAAAGCAAUGGUCUCGUCCGUGCACAUUGCUACAUUGUUGGUUAUGACAUCACAAAAAAUCCAGACGGUUCCAUUAAGGUCGCAGCAAUAAGCCAGCCAGAUCUUGGCGGCAUGAUUCCUCAAAUGAUCCAGAAGAUGGUUGUCACGAACCACGUCGUGACUCUGAGCAAAAUUCAGCGCUGGAUCAAAGAGAAUAAGUCACUCAAAAACAAAUCUGUACCGGCUCCUGAGCUAUUCAUAAACCACAACUGUUAUCUUUCACUUGAAAAAGUAACUGAGUAUUACCAACAAGCUAUUGCAUCAGCAUCACAACAAUAA